UCAUCACAAAUCACUCUUUGCAUUCUCUAGUAUUCUUUUAAUUUCUGCCACACGAAUAUUCGAGAGAGGAACGGCUUGGUAAAGGCUUUCCCGAACCCUUUCUACCGUGGCGAUUGAAGACCCUUCAACCUGCAGGGCUGCCACGCUAAUUUACCCCUCCAUGCAGACGCCUCAGCCUUCACUGAAUCCUUGCAAACAUUGUAUAUAGGUUUGGACGAGAAUUCCACCUCGAUUGAGGGCGGCCAAAUUACCGCAGUUUUAUCAUGUCGAGCGGCGAGUACAUGACCGCAAGUGAGGAUGGUCACAACAAAGGUUAUCUUGAGCGUUCGUCAGAGGAACCAAGUGCCGACUCCAGUGCAACGCCCAGCAGACCGUCAAGUUCGGGAGGUAAUGCACCGCAUAAGAAGAGCAGAGUGCGCUUCAACAGUACGAGCGAAGCAAACGAUACUACGAACCAGAAAUCCAGCUUUCCAUUGCGAGACCGAGACCAUGCUUCACCUCUUCACGUCACAAUACCAAAGCAAACGAGGAUAUCACCGGCCCACUCGAGAGCUGGCAGCAUAUCGAAUGUCUUCAGGAGACCAACGCCAGAGAAAGAGAAGGAUAAUCCAUUCGCCGACCCCAUACAGAAUCCAGCAUUCAAGCCCAGGCCAAGUCUGCUAAGGAACAAUUCAUCAGGUCUCAUGAACGAGACAAGCGACGUAGAUGAUUACAAUGAGAAGACAUUCUCCGCUCUCGCGGCACAAGAACGUGCCCAGCGAAUAGCUUCACUUGUAGGUAGUCACUCAGCACCUGGUUCAAGAAGGACCAGCUUGGAUGAAAUAGACGAGGAAUAUUCUCCACCGCCAUCUAUGGGACCAGAUGGUCUUCCUGUGAGGAUUGAUGAUGUUCCUCUCAUGGAUAUGGACAGUAGAAGGACUUACGAUGGAGCUGUAUUGGACACCGACGAGGAUGACGACGUCGAGCAAGGAAAUGGCAAAGGACUCAACAAAAAGGGAGAAGCACACAAACUCGUCCGAGCACACUCCAGAAGGUAUCCCUCGGAAUCUUUGACAAUGCCAGCAGGUCCGGCAUCCGGCCUUGUCUCAGGCCAGGUCACUCCAGAAAAGCAACGUCGUGAGGACUAUGUACCCAGGCCUCCGCAGUACAGAGGAGGCAUUCUUUCAUCUCUAUUGAAGCUCUACAACCAACCACAAGGGGUGCAGUCGCGAAGAGGAAGUGAUGCUUCGACUGAGAGUCCUUCUCGCACUGGAACCAACACUGCCUCAUUAGUAUCUUCAGGAAGGACAACUCCAAAAUCUAAAGGGCCCAAAUGGUACAAUCACAAAACCCAUUCACAGGAUACCCUGGCUGGACUUAUUGAGGCUUCUGCCAUCCUCGGUGCCCAAGGAGGUGUCAGAACACCAAAAAAGCCCACUCGACCUGGACCCGGUAAGCGAACACAGAGCGGACGACUCAUUGAUGCUGCUAUGAACAGAAUGAGCAGACCUAGACUUGAGGACGAGAUUCGCAUCACGAUACAUAUUGCAGAGACUCUGAGCCGGCAGAAAUAUCUAUUGAAACUGUGUCGAGCGCUCAUGAGCUAUGGUGCCCCUACCCAUCGGCUCGAGGAGUACAUGAAAAUGAGUGCUCGCGUUCUUGAAAUCGAUGGCCAAUUUCUAUACAUUCCAGGAUGCAUGAUCAUCUCCUUCGAUGAUGUGACGACUCACACUACUGAAGUCAAAAUCGUGAGAGCCAAUCAAGGAGUUGACUUGGGCAGAUUGAAGGAUGUCCAUGAGGUCUACAAGGAGGUGACCCAUGACAUGAUUGGAGUCGAAGAGGCCACCCAAAGGCUCGAUUCCAUCAUCAAGACGAAGCCGAAACACAAUCCAUGGCUUCUUGUCUUUGUUUAUGGAUUGGCUAGUGCUACAGUUGGUCCAUUUGCUUUCGAAGCUCGCCUCAUCGACUUACCAAUCGCUUUCCUCCUUGGGUGUUUGCUUGGCUUCUUGCAAUUGAUCGUUGCUCCGAAGUCUGAACUCUACAACAACGUUUUCGAGAUCUCUGCAGCUGUUUUAACAUCCUUUCUGGCUCGAGCUUUUGGUUCCAUUCGAGGUGGCGACGUCUUUUGCUUCUCUGCACUCGCACAGUCGUCAAUCGCGCUUAUCCUGCCUGGUUAUCUGGUGCUCUGCGGAUCUCUGGAGCUCCAGUCAAAGAAUUUGGUUGCCGGUUCGGUCCGCAUGGUUUACGCUAUCAUUUAUGCCCUAUUCCUUGGCUAUGGAAUCACCAUCGGCACAGCCAUCUAUGGGCUUAUGGAUUCAAAUGCUACAAGUUCGACGAGCUGCUCGGCGCCCCUUGGCGAAUACUAUAAGUGGUUAUUUGUCCCAGCCUUCACAUUAUGCUUGUGCGUCAUCAAUCAAGCAAAAUGGAAGCAAACCCCUGUUAUGCUGUUAAUCUCAUUCGCCGGCUACAUCGUCAACUUCUUCACUUCCAAGAGGUUUCCUUCCUCGGCUCAACUAUCAAAUACGUUUGGAGCUCUUACUGUGGGUGUAUUAGGAAACUUAUACUCCCGUGUGGGACGUGGUGUCGCUGCAGCAGCUCUCAUACCUGCAAUCUUCGUUCAAGUUCCAUCUGGACUCGCAGCUGGUGGUUCAUUGCUGGCGGGCAUCAGCAGUGCGGAUCAGAUUACCAACACGACAACAUAUGCAAACGGGACUGCAAAGAUCAACGGAACAAGUACGGUACGUACAGGCGGUGACGGCUUAGGAGGCCAUGUCAAUGGCUCGCAAAAUCUUACAAUGGGAAAAAGUCUAUUGAACAAUUCCAUGGUUUGUUCUCUUGCUCAGGGCAUUCCUUUUUCACUAUAGUUUGUGACAUUCUCUACCAUCUACCCUUUAUUUACAUCCCUUUCACUAGACGACUUGGAGGAUUUGCUUUGGGACUUUGGAGCACUUGCUAACAUUUUCGAAUGCAGGUCAGUACUACUUCGGGUGGCGAUCUCAACACUGUCGU